UUCUGGGUGGCUGCCAGUAGUUAAAACAAAACAUGCAUUCGAGCAUACGUGCUCUUCGGCCUGGCUAAAAGUCGGAGCCGCGCUACCAGCGCCUUGUCUUGACAAGCAGGUGUGGUCCUGCGGCAGUUGCAUGGCUGAUGGCGCUCGAAACGGGCGCCAUGAUGCUGGCGUGGCGCCAGCACGGCCACAUGCCUUCUUCGUCUGCCUAUUCAUCAUUUUCCUGCUAGUGCUCAUUUUCACGAAGCCAUCAAAGGAGAUUGGAGUGCAGGUGGCUGCAGCUGCCAUGACUGUGCUGCUGGUUAUGGCAGGUCGUCAGUGCUGCUACCUGCUCUGUGAGCUGCAACGGCUGCAAGUGAAAUGCGCUGGUGGUAUCCUGAACACAGCAGUCGAAUGCUUCCGAUUGCCAAGGACAUCAUGGCUGGUGAUCCUAACGUGCUUCAGCCUCUCUUUUCUGACUGUUCAUGAACAUCCCUUCGAGCUGUGGGCCACACUCAAGAGACAGGGCCAUGUGCAUUUCCUGGUGGCCUUUGUCACUAUGCUCUGCGUCUGGCACCGUACACAGUUCGGCUGGGCCUUUGCAACAACAAGCAGCGGCCCAGAACCUGGUGAUGGCUUGGCAUACAGUGUCUUCUUCGCUUACUACAGGCCACUGUGUCUGACUCUUCAAGAACGGAUCAUGCAGUACGAGCAGGAUAAUGAUGUGGUCCUUGCUGUCAAGAAGCUGAUUAUCCUUAUGCCACGUUCGUGCUACAUUGAGCCGGAGUUGGGUGUCAGUGGGGACGAGGACCUCGAGCUGGCCAACCACAUGAAUGAGCUGAAGAUUUCUCGAGCCGGCACACGAGAACGUAAAUACACAAAUACUGUGUACAAGAUCAGGAACGGCGACAACAGUCCGUACUACUGUCUGGCAGAGGGUACCAGUCAGCUGCUGACGCUGAACGACAUGCGAGAAUGUGGGGAGCUGACAGCUGAACAAGAACGAGGGCAGAUGAGAAAGUUUUGCGACAAGUUGCGUGACCUCGUGAACACCAAUGCAGCUUGUCGGUCACGCUUUCUCUUGGUGGAGUACGAUGAUAUGAGUGAAGAUGGCCGUCCGGUACCUGUGUCAUUUAUCCUCAGGAAUGUCAUCAGGAAAGAGCUGGGCCUGACUUAAUUUCUCUCUUUUUUUGCAGGUACUUAUUGUGUGAAUAAAUGCUAAACAUUUUUUCUCGCUACUACA